UUGUCAGUGCAAGUGUCUUUUCCUUGGUUUGCUGACACGUCAAAAUUCCUCUUUGCAACUUUCUCUCACUGCUCCAGCUUCUUCUGAUUAAUUGCCUGAUUCUUUGACACCCUUUUCUUUCUGGUGUAUAGACGAAAUUAUACAGUGAAAAAUGUUUCUCGCUACGAAACCCCAGAUAAAUAUUAUCGACAAACAAAGGCUGCAUGUAUUUAGAAGACCAGGAUUCAUCGCCUGGUUGCUACUCGCUACCUCUGCAUCUAUAUUUUACAUGGUAACAAGGCGUCUGACAGAUAAUAUACUCGCAUCCUUGAUCUUGCUCUUGGCUGAGAUCACAUUCAGUUUGGACGCUCUAGGCGAAUGGCAGGAUCUUGUAUUAGACAAGGAGGAGAACAAGGCCACAGUGACAUUGUGUUCCUGGUGCGAUAAACUCUGUUCUAAGGUACCAGAGAAAUCGCUCACUGUAAUGAGAAUGAGCGAUAUACGACACGUUGGGAUAUCUACAGAACUUGGUAUCUUCUUACUCGGUUUCAAUGGCAAGAUUCUCUCGUUUAGCACACGAGGACUUAGUCACGAAGAAGCUCGAGAGUUCAAAAAGAAGAUUAAUUAUUACUUGAAUACAAGCAGAAUUGAACGUCUUGAUAGAUGUACAUUUGACCCGUAUGAUAGACUGAUAACACCCUCGGAUUCAGAGGAUGAGAUUCUGAAGGAUGAUUAUCCUAGGGGGAAACGAGAACCACUUUCCGUUGUACGUAAUCGGGUUAUAGAAUCGGCGACGCCGGUACGUGUCCCACUGCAGAAUAAUGAGCAUGACAUACGCCGACAAUCCAGCAGUCCUACUCUUGGUAAUGACUACUCGCCUAGAAGUAGGCGAAGACAUGUACGAAAUGUCAUUAACUUUGGGAAUACUGCUGUGGAUGAUCAUGCGAGGGUGGUUGCUCCGCGAUAUGAUUAUCCACGGUGCAUGAGACAUGGAUGUACGAUUCCCUUGAGGAUGCAGAAUGCAGGUUCGGCUUGUUGAAAUAAAUUUGUAGACUGAAAUACGAAUUAUUUCGAUUCGUAUGUGAGCGGAUGUUGUGAACCUAUCAAUAUUGAGACAUACAAAGUUUAUACGUGUUUUGUAAACUGAAUGAUCCUCGCUAGACUAUAUCUAUGAUGAUUCAUGAUGUUGAAAGGUGGUUACCAUUUUAAAUGUUCUUGUAUUUGUAAUAUAUACGUAUAUUUUUGUAUUACUUUUUUUCUUUUUUGACAAUAAAUAGUCAGCUAACAACUUA